AUGGACGACCUGAUCCGAACAUUGGACUCGGACGUAGAAGUCGAGUCGGAGGAAGAAUUUGCCCAAUCAAAAGGAAGGCAAAAGCGCAAGGAAAAGCAAGAAGAUGCUGGCGGUCUCAAUCCAGAGUUUGUCUUUGACCUGACGGAUGCCACCUAUGGUCAAAUCCUUUCUGAGCACGCCUCACUGGGAGACGUCGUUAAUUCUGGGACAAAACCCCAACCCAUUUCGGUGGACGAUAUAAUAGCUAGAAGAAAAGUCGAGCGUAUCCCUGAAUCCCGCAAAAGAAAACGUGAAGAGGAUUCAGAGGAUGAAAGCGUGUCAGACGACGAAUCUGAGAUUCAGCCCGACGGUUCGAGUGAGUCGGAGAGCCAAUCGCCAAAAAAUAGCUCUCAGAAGGACGAAGAGGACGAGAUACAGAGUGACGCAGAGUCCUCUUCCGAAGAAGAAGAAGAGGAAACAGAAAUGGACAAGGAGCGGAAGGCCGCCUUUUUUGCCGCAGAGGAGGAACAAAUGCAGGAUAUGCCCUCGACUUUCCUCACCAUGAACCUCUCACGUCCCAUCAUGAAAUCCCUCACCUCCUUGUCCUUUCAUACACCAACGCCAAUCCAAGCCGCGACCAUCCCAGUUGCCUUGCUGGGCAAGGACAUUGUUGGCAAUGCAGUCACUGGUUCAGGAAAAACGGCGGCAUUUAUGAUUCCAAUAUUGGAACGCCUUCUUUAUCGUCAAAAGGGCAAGAAUGCUGCCGCUACUCGAUGCCUCGUUCUUGUCCCCACGAGGGAGCUCGCGGUUCAGUGCUUCGAAGUCGGCACAAAACUUGCAGCACACACGGACAUUCAAAUAUCGCUCGUUGUUGGUGGACUGUCCCUAAAGGCGCAGGAAGCGACUCUGCGAUCUAAACCAGACCUUGUUAUCGCCACGCCCGGGCGACUAAUAGACCACCUACGGAACUCACCGACAUUCAAUCUCGAUGCGCUCGAUGUGCUCGUCCUUGAUGAGGCGGACCGCAUGCUCUCGGACGGAUUCGCGGACGAGUUGGAAGAGAUUGUCAAGUCUUGUCCGCGAUCACGACAGACCAUGUUAUUCUCAGCGACGAUGACUGAUUCCGUGGACGAGUUGGUCAAAAUGUCCCUGAAUAAGCCUGUGAGGCUGUUCGUGGAUCCCAAGCGGGCAACUGCCAAAGGCCUGGUGCAAGAGUUUGUUCGGGUCAAAGCUGGAAGGGAGUCCGAACGAGCCGCGAUACUCGUCACACUCUGUAAACGGACAUUCAGGGAGCGCGUGAUCAUUUUCUUUCGCAGCAAGAAACUUGCUCAUCAAAUGCGAAUAAUGUUCGGCCUCCUGGACAUGAGAGCAGACGAGCUACAUGGAGAUCUUACUCAAGAGCAACGACUGACGUCUCUUCAGGCGUUUCGUGAUGGAAAAGUUGAUUAUCUGAUGGCGACUGACCUUGCCUCGCGAGGAUUGGACAUCAAGGGCAUCGAAACGGUCAUCAACUACGAUAUGCCUGGUCAACUGGCCCAAUAUCUUCACCGUGUAGGACGAACAGCACGUGCAGGAAAGAACGGUCGCUCAGUAACUUUGGUUGGCGAGGCGGAUCGAAAGAUGCUCAAGGCUGCCAUCAAACAUGGAUCCAGCGAAGACAAAGUCCGACAUCGUCUCGUUCCUGCAGAAGUCGUGGAAAAGUGGUCCGAGCAGAUAGGCUCGCUUCAAGAUGAAAUUCAGAUAGUCUUGGAUCAGGAGAAAGAGGCUAAGCAGAUGCGUCAAGCAGAAAUGGAACUUCAGAAGGGGGAGAACAUGCUAAAAUACGAGGACGAGAUCUUUUCACGACCAGCUCGUACUUGGUUUCAAACGAGUAAAGAGAAGGAACAGGCCCAAGAGAAGAGUCGGAGACAGUACGAAGCAGGCCUCGGAGAUAACAAGGCAGCCAAAGUGGUGGCAGGAAAGGCUACUAUUAAGCCUAAACGAGACAAGUUUGCUGGUCUAUCACGUAAAGCAAAGCGCAGGAAGCUGGCGCAGGAAGAGGAUGCGCAAAUCAAGGAUAGUGUAACCAUCAAAGCAUCCAUUCGAGAGGCCAAAAAGGCGCAACGGCCGACCAGGAUCGGACUACCGGAGGGGCGCAAGGCGGGGAAGGAGAAGAGAGGAAAGGCCAAAGCCAUCAGGAAGAAGACAUCUACGAAGCUAGGCAAGGGCUUAGGGUUCUCCAAAGACGCAGCCGAGACGAGCCGGCGCGGGAGAGAAGGAGCGCGUGCUUCCAAGACCGACGCGAUUGGUCGCCCAAAACAGCGACAAAAGUCGAGUAAAGGAUAG